UCAUUAGCAACAUUAUACCUUUUCUAUCUACCUAGUGGUUUUCGAAUUACAUUUUAAAGAAAUUUGAUGGACCAAAAAAGCGAGGAAUCUGACAUAAACAUUGUCACGCGAUGUGGAUAUUCUCAUUAUAUCAUCGUCUGUAAUCCGAUUUGCUUGCUCAAUUCUUGUAAUAGUGUUGAAUGAAAGAAAGAUAUCAUUCCGUACUAAAAAGUUUACUGAACCGUACAUUUGCCACGGGAAUGUGUGACAAAAACCGGGAGAUGCAAAACGAUAGCAAACGAAGUUGGCUUGUGGUUCUCGGGGCAUUCUUUCUUGUUGGAAUCGCGAUUGGAAUAUCAAAUUCUUUUGGUGUUUUGUUCACAAGCUGGACGGGAGAAUUUCAGGAAAACAGAACAAAAAUUGCCUGGAUUGGUUCAUUUCAUUUCAUUUGGUACAUGUGUUUAUGUCCAGCAUGUGGUAUCUUAACUCGGUAUUUCAGUUUUCGACCAGUUGUCGUCCUAGGAAGCACUCUCUUAUGUCUUGGUCUACUACUUAGUUCAUUUGUGAAGGACAUUCCACUGUUCUACCUGACAUAUGGCGUAAUAUUUGGCACUGGGACAUGCUUGUUAUAUAUGUCAAGCAUUAUAGUUUUGCAAUUUUGUUUCCAGAGACAUUUAGCCGCAGCAACUGGGGUAGUAUCCUCCGCAUCUGGUGGUUUUCCAAUGUGGUAUGGACCGGCGUGCGAAUAUCUAAUACGACAUUACGGGUGGCGUGUCACAUUAAGAAUAGUUUCAUUAUUUUUCAUUCCCUUACUGUUUGCGUGUGCCCUGUUCCCUAGUAAAAAACAAAUACCUCGUGAAAAGGGGAAUGGUUUGAACGUCCGUGUAACGUUUGGUAGAAUGUUGAAAAAUAAAAGAUUCCUAAUUUGGGUGCUUCUAAUGGUAUUUGUCUAUCUUGGACUCUUUGUACCUCAAGUUCACUUGAUAUCUUUUUGUAAAGAUAUUGGCAUACCAACUUACGUCAGCGUAUACAACAUUACCUUGAUGUGCAGCAUGGAAACUGCUGGAAAAGUAAUUUUGGGGAGGAUGAUCGAUAAACGCAACUGGAGUGUUCAUACUUAUAACAUUUUGGCACUACUAACUCUGGCUGUAUCAAUAACAUUGCUACCUUUAGCAAAAACUUCAACCCACGUGUUUAUUUUUUCAAUUUUCUUUGGUUUUGCCCGUGGAUUCCAGUCAUUGUGUGUCAUUAUGAUAACUCCUGAAGUGUCCCACCCGGAUGACGCGAAGCACGCAGUAACUUACUUAUUUGGGGCUCUCAGUAUACCGGGGGGUGUCGGUCCAGUUUUAGCAGGAUGGAUAUUCGACGUUACUCGUUCAUACCGUUUAGCAUUUUUUAUUUCUGGGGGAUUCUUCGCUUGUGCUGGUUGUCUUGCGAACCUGAUUGAAAUGAUCACAGCCACAAAGACAACGAACCGCAGGUUGGUGUUAGAUUCAACAGCAAAAGAGAACGAGUCUGAAACCAUAGUAUUCAAAGCUGUUGGGUAUCCAAAAGACAUUCCUGAUAGCGUUAAACACGCUAAGAAGUCUAAACUAAUUCUUUGAACAAAUUCAAACCAUCAAA